AUGACUCUUUCGAGUAAAUCAUGGAGGAGUUACUUCCCUCAUUUGAGAAGGCUGCCUGAAGAAGAUGAAUGUUUGUACUCAGAAGAUACUAAUUCCAGUGCUACAACUGAAGAGGAACUACAUCACAGCGUAGAUAAGCUAUCAAAGGCCGACAUUACGGCAGAAACUACUUCUGUAGAAACUCAUCCACAUAAUUUAAGGCAUGAUUUGCCAUACGAGGUGAGAGAUGAAGCUGGACGUAAAUGGUGGAAAUACUUCGAUGAAUUCGAGUAUCGUGUUAAUAAAGAGUUCAAAAAAUCACGUAAGUGGUACGAGUUUUUGUACCCUAAUCAUACCACUCAAACAAAGGCAGAAAGAAAACUUCUUUAUAAACUAGACAUUGUUAUUGCCUUGUACUUUUUUAUGUUAUGUUGGUCUAAAUCAGUGGAUUCGAAUAACUACACCAACGCAUAUGUUUCCAACAUGAAGGAAGAUUUGGGCAUGAAGGGUAAUGAUUUCGUUUACACUUCCACUAUUGCUAGUGUGGGUGCCAUUGUCUUCCAGUUACCCUUUAUGUACUUGUUGCCAAGAUUUCCUUCUCAUAUUAUUUUGCCCAUAAUGGAUUUGGGCUGGACUUGGUUUACCUUUGCGUGUUACAGGGCAAACUCGUUAGCCGAAUUGAGAGCUUACAGAUUCAUAUUGAGUGCGUUUGGUGCCGCUUACUAUCCAGUGUCCCAAUAUAUUUUGGGUUGCUGGUAUGCUCCCGACGAAAUAAAUUCAAGGGUCUGUUUGUUUUUUUGUGGGCAACAACUGGGUUCUGUGACUUCAGGUCUUUUACAGAGUAGAAUAUUCAAAAGUUUGAACGGUGUUCAUGGUCUGGCAGGCUGGAGGUGGAUGUUUUUGAUCGAUGCCAUUGCAAUUUCUCUCCCAACAGCUAUUAUUGGGUUUUUUGUUAUUCCCGGCGUGCCAUCUAAAUGCUAUUCCUUAUUCUUGACUGAUGAAGAAAUAAGAAUUGCAAGAGCAAGAAAUAAGAGGAACCAAAUCAAGGAUGGUGUCGAUAAAAGUAAACUAGCUCCACUCUGGAGCGGAAAGCUGUGGAAGAAAGUGUUUUGUACACCAGCAUUUUGGGUACUUGUCGUUUUCGAUACGUGCUCGUGGAACAAUAUGACGGCCUAUAGUGGCUCAUAUACUUUGUGGUUGAAGUCUAAUCCCAAAUACUCUAUUGCUCAAGUAAACAAUCUGAGUGUUAUACCUGCAUGUUUAGGAUUUGCAUACGUCAUUUUUUGCGCGUUUGGUGCCGAUUUAUUUAGGUGCAAGUGGAUAUUUAUGGUCUUUGCUGCUAUAAUGAAUACUAUUUCUUGUGCCCUACUUAUCAAAUGGGAUAUUUCCUCUAGUGCUAAAUGGUAUGCCUUCUUCACCACGUAUUUCAGUGUGGCUGCUUCUCCAUGUCUAUGGUCAUUUAUUAAUGAUUUCUUGAGAUUUGAUCCCCAGGUAAAAGCUAUUACAUGGAUCGCCAUUUACUCGUUCUCUCAGUCCACUUACGCCUGGAUUCCUACCCUGGCAUGGCCUACCGUGGAGUCGCCACGCUUUAAAACUGGUUACACUGUAAGCUUGAUUUUUGGUGCCAUCUACGGUUUAUGGACGUUUGUUGUGUUAUUUUUUUACAAGAGAAACGAAAAGAAGCAUGCUUUAGGCAAUGGUAUCAUUUUAUAUGAUAGUGCUAAGGGCGAAGAACUCCCUGAAUUUGUAAGAAAUGACAUGGAAGAAAAGGAUGGUUACUAUUACUUGAAACGGUCCUAA